AUGGGCCUGGAGCUCUGCCUGGACCUGGUGUCCCAGCCCUGCUGCGCCGUCUACAUCUUCCCCGAGAAGAACGGCAUCCCCUUCGAGCUGUGCACCGUGGAGCUGCUCAAAGCCCGUGGGUGCUGGCUGCCAAGUCUUUUAAGACCGACCCAAGCUGGCUGCAUGGCAGCAGUGUGUGGAGGUGGCAAUGGGGGAGGUCCUCUCCCGGGAGGCCCAUGA